AACCAGGGAGCCCCGUGGGCUCCUUGGAGUAACAGUGGGAGAAACUGGAGGGAGACAGUGAGAUUCUUUUGGAAGCAUCAGACGUUAGUCUGUCUCUGCCAAUUAAAAAUUUCCAGCUCAAGUGCAAAGAUUAAAGGAAAUCAAUGACAACUAAGUACAGACCCAUUAUGGGGCUUGGAGGGUAUCAGCAACCUUGAGUUCCUGUCAACCAGAUUACCUUCUUUGAAAACUGUCCUCAGGGUCUAAGCACCUCUGGAAGUGAGGUUAACAAGGUAGAACCCCAGGACCUUUUGGGGCAACAGCGGAGAGGAGCAAACCAAUACCUCAAGAACAUGAGCCUCAAGUCCCCAGCGUCUGCUCUUCCCUUUGAGAGCAAAGGCAGCCAUAUCAUGGCUAGAAAUGGAAGCUGUUUUCUAGUUCGGCACACCCCUCACCCCAGAAGGGUCUGCCACAUCAAAGGUUUGAAUAACAUUCCCAUCUGUACCGUGAAUGAUGAUGACAACUCAUUGGGAGCAUUGUGGGGUGUUGGCCAGUUCGACCACUUGGAGAAGGACGAGAUACCAUUUGCCAAAAGCGGUUAUGCACCCAGCGCUGUAGCCCCGGAGAGCCCCGUCAGAGGAGUCUCGCCAGCCCCAAACAAUGUCAAGGUGCCCCCAAGGCCUCAUUCUGAGCCCUGUAGAAAAAUCAAGGAGUGUUUCAAAACUUCCAGUGAGAAUCCCUUAGCAAUUAAGAAGGAAGAAAUAAAGGUAAAAAAGCCACUGUCUCCUCCAAAAGCAUGCUCCAGUGCUGACUCCUGUUCUUCAGAGGUGAUGAGUACCAAGACUGACGUCAAAGAGAAUACUGUUUGCAUACCAAAUUAUCUGGACCAGGAAAUCAAAAUUCUGGCGAAGCUCUGUAACAUUUUACGCACUGAUUCCCUGGCCGAAGUUCUACAGUGGCUGCUUCACGCAAGCUCAAAAGAAAAAGAGUGGGUCUCAGCUUUGAUUCAUGCUGAACUGGCUGAAAAAAACUUGUUGGCCCAACGAAGAAACAUCACAGCAAACCUAGCAGCAGGGACUAGGAAGCCACCCAAAGUUAAAUCACCCCCAAAUUCACCUGCAAAAUUGAAAGUGAUGACCAGAACGAGGCAAGAACAUCAACCCUCCAGAGUAUCAAGCCAAGGAUCUGAAGGAAAUAAUGAAGUGCCAAAAGAGGCUGAGGACAGGCCUCCAUUGUUUAUAAGAAGAAAUAAUAUGAGAAUUCCCAUUGCAGAAUAUUUCAGCAAACCAAAAUCUCCUCCCAAGCCUAAAAUUCAGGAAAACAUAUCAACAAAACCAAUGUCUGCAAGGAAUAUGCAACAAGGAUUCAAUCUCUCUCCCCAGAGAGCAUUUUAUCCUUAAACAUUCCAAAGGUAGAAAUUCUAGACUGAGUUAUUUCUUUCACAGACAUGAGCUUCACUCCAUAACAACAACAAAUUAUUUUUUAAAAAAUAUUUCAGUAUCAGAGAAUCAAUAAUUGGUGGCACAUGUAAAUCUCAAAGCACCUGUAUAUAAUGCUACUAAAUAAAUAAUAAUGGAGACAGUAUUUCUAUUUGUAGUUAAUCUGGUACCAUGUGUAAAAGAAGUAUGUUUACUUAUAUGCUACAUUUCUAGUCUUGCACUGAUUGUAUUUGUACAAUUGUAUUUGGGUCAUAAGGUCCUGAUUCUAGAAAAGCCAUCCAUAACAGAAUUUUGCAGCUGCAGUUUGAUGCGUGCCCCAAACUCUUAAGAGAGAAAAAUAAAAACAAAAACACAGAAUUUUAACAUCUGAGCUAAUUUUCACAGUCUACCGUGUUUCAAUGCUGUUAGAGCACUGAAUGGAUUCUGUAGUGAUAAUGGAAAAAUACUGGCCUUGUCCCCAAAAAAGAUACAAAAAUUAUCACUAAUUUAUGAGCCAGAGAGGAACUAGUUUCUACUCUUUGCUAAUUGUGAUAUUAACAAAUUUCCUAAUACUUAGCUUUUUUGUAUUUUUAAAAUAAACCACUCUU